CGGCGCUCCCGUACCACAGGUGCCGGCGCCGAGGACGCGUCCCCGAACGGAGCGGCUCCGUCCCCGUCCCAACCGGAACCCGUUGCCAAAACCCAACGCCGCGGCGCCAAGAAGAGCGACCCGACGCCGGCGCCGUGCGCCGAAUGCGCCCGCGGUGCCACCACCACCGCCACCACCACCACCAAACCGCGCUGCUGCCCGGGCUGCUCCCGGCGGUGCCGCCCGGCCGCGACCGUCGCCGAAAAACCGCACCGCUGCGGCGAGUGCGGCAAAGGCUUCAGCCGAGGCUCCAACCUCACCCAGCACCGGCGCAUCCACACCGGCGAGCGGCCGCACCGCUGCGGCGACUGCGGCAAGGGCUUCAUCCAACGCUCGGAUCUGGANCGGCACCGGCGCGUCCACACCGGCGAGCGGCCGUACCCGUGCGGCGAUUGCGGCAAGAGCUUCAGCGUCAGCUCCCACUUGGACCGGCACCGGCGGACGCACGCGGGAGGGGUGGGUGCCCGCUCGGCGCAUCGCCCGGUGCCGGUAAACGAGGCGGCUUCGUCGGCGUCGCAUCGGUGCCCGGAGUGCGGCAAAGGUUUCGGCCAACGCUCGGCGCUCUCCAAGCACCGUAAGACGCACAACAACGGCGGCGGGGCCGAGCGGCCGCAUCGCUGCGGGGAUUGCGGGAAGAGCUUCAGCCGCGGUUCCAACCUCACCCAGCACCGGCGCAUCCACACCGGCGAGCGGCCCUUCGCCUGCGGCGACUGCGGCAAGGGUUUCAUCCAACGCUCGGAUCUGGAGCGGCACCGGCGCGUCCACACCGGCGAGCGGCCGUACCCGUGCGGCGAGUGCGGCAAGAGCUUCAGCGUCAGCUCGCACCUGGAGCGGCACCGCAAGAUCCACGCCGCCGAGCGGUGCCACGAGCACGUGGACGAGUUCCUGGCGGCACACCGGCACGGCCGGGCCUACAAGUGCGGCGAGUGCGGGCGCUGCUUCGGCCAAGGGGCCGCGUUGCUCAAGCACCAACGGGCCCACGCCGGCGGGCGCCCGCCGCCCCACCAGUGCCACCACCACCACCACCACCACCACCACAACAACCGGCGGCAAGAGGACGGGCCGGAGGACGGCGCGGCGACGCCGGCACCGCCGGAGAAACCCUACAAGUGCGGGGAUUGCGGGAAGGGCUUCGGGCAGCGCUCGGCGCUGGUCAAACACCGGCGCAUCCACACCGGGGAGAAGCCCUACGCCUGCGGGGAUUGCGGCAAGGGCUUCAUCCAGAAGUCGGACCUGACCAUCCACCGGCGCAUGCACACCGGCGAGAAGCCGUACCGCUGCGGCGAGUGCGGCAAGUGCUUCAGCGUCUCCUCCAACCUCCUCACCCACCGGCGCACCCACCUGGGCGAGAAACCCUACGGCUGCCCCGAGUGCGGCAAGAGCUUCAUCCAGCGCUCCGAGCUCACCAUCCACCGCCGCGUGCACACCGGCGAGAAGCCCUACGCCUGCCCCGCCUGCGGCAAGUGCUUCAGCCGCAGCUCCCACCUCAACCGACACCGCCGCACCCACGCCGGGGGGAAAACC